AUGACAGAGCGAAAGGAAUAUCUCAAUGGAAAGGAUUUUCAAGAAGGUCUCAAGGCACUUGACGCUGAAAUGGGUCGCAAUCCCUGGCUCAUCGCAUUCGCCCCCAUCCGCAUCAUUACAGCAGGCGGCUUUCUUGCGGUGUCUUAUCUCAAAAGUCGUGAGAGCACCGGUGAUAUUGACUACCUGAUCGACCCCGAAUUUGCUGGAGACAAUGAAAUCAAAACUGCUCUUCGAACCGCCGUUUCCUCUGUCGCGUCUCAACUUCGGUACAACGAGCAAUGGAUCAACGAAGACAUAGCUAUUUUCGUCACCGGAAACGCUCGGAAGAGAUUGUUCGCCGAAGCUGAAAGGCAAGGCAUCAUACUCUUCAAAGGGGAGAAUCUGGAAAUUCUUGCUGCCCCGCUGGAAUGGGCUCUCGAGCGCAAAUUGAGGAGAAUACACGCCGCAGACCGAGACCGCAAGGCAGAGUACGAUAUGACAGACGCGCUCGCCCUUUUAAAAUACCUCAGGGAGCGCAACCGGGGCCCUCUCGAUGGGGAAUCGAUUCGCACGAUGAACAUUAAUGGGUUUGAUGUUAUUCCAGACCGUAGCACAAUGGAACUGGUAGCCCACGCAUACCGCCGCCAGUAUAAUGAGGAUGUUUUCAAAUAG